UGCUUCCGUAGGGGCAGGACCACACCAGGCGCCAGCCCCGCCCAGCUAUCAUAAAUCAGGAGGGUAAGGUCAAAGGUGCUCAUCCCGAAAGUCAGUGGACUCAAUCCCUGGCACCAGCACCAGCACCAUGCCUAUGACACUGGGUUACUGGGACAUCCGUGGGCUGGCUCAUGCUAUUCGCCUACUCCUGGAAUACACAGACUCAAGCUACGAGGAGAAGAGAUACGUCAUGGGCGACGCUCCUGCCUAUGAUAGAAGCCAAUGGCUGAGUGAGAAGUUCAAGCUGGGCCUGGACUUUCCCAAUCUGCCCUACUUAAUUGACGGGCCCCACAAGAUCACUCAGAGCAACGCCAUCCUGCGCUACAUUGCCCGCAAGCACAACCUGUGUGGAGAGACAGAGGAAGAAAAGAUUCGUGUGGACAUUUUGGAGAACCAGGCUAUGGAUGUCUCCAACGAGCUGGCUAGAGUCUGCUACAGCCCAGACUUUGAGAAACUGAAGGGAGAAUACUUGGAGCAGCUCCCAGGGAUGAUGAAGCUCUUCUCACAGUUCCUGGGGAAGCAGACAUGGUUUGUCGGUGAAAAGAUAACUUUUGUGGAUUUCCUUGCUUAUGAUAUCCUGGACCUACACCGUAUAUUCGAACCCAAGUGCCUGGACGCAUUCCCAAACCUGAAGGACUUUGUGGCUCGCUUUGAGGUUCAUCAGUACAGCGUUCCUCCAGGGUCGGGGAAGGUGUCUGUCCCACUGCUCAGAUCAGGAAAUGUGAAACUCGCGAGGAUUCCUUACCCGCUCAAGAUUUCAGCAGCAGUAGAACUGGGCUGGGGUUGCUGUUGGCUUCCUGCUCCUCAGGGCAGCCGGUGGCGGCUGCAGCCUGGGUUAUGAGAGGUACCAGGAUGUAAGGAUACUUGUGCUUGGUCUGCAGAAUGCUUUGCUGAGACCUUGUGGGGCUCCUAUUUAGUAUUUAAUCCUGAUGUAUGUGUCAUGGGCUCUCCUCCAUCACGCCAUUCAUUUUUUUUUUUAUUAUUGAGUGUCCAACUUUUCCUUUUGUGAGAUUCGCCACAUACUUAUUUUUCUGUUUCCUGAUUUCUGUAUGAGGCAUAUGUUAUGCCCAGUAAGAAAGGAAAAGGUGGUUCUUAGACCCACCUGGGGACCAAGUGUAUCAAAUAAUAUCAGGCAAAACAGAAAGGGAGGUGUGUGUGUGUGUGUGUGUGUGUGUGUUACCACCUGGGUGCUGGGGAGCCCUGUUUCGCUGGAGACUACUUGAUUGAUAUCCACGCCAUCUUCUGUAUUAGAAAUUAGGGGUUAGAGUCCUAGGUCCAAUGGGCAUUUCAGUCUGGAACUCAUUUUCCUGUCUCAUUCCUUACCAAGUGAGGUGAUUUCUCAGCCAGUUCUCAUCAUUUGGUCUGAACUGGGUGACUUUGAGAAGGAAGAGGCUGGGGAGAGUUGAAGGCUGCAGCUUUAGACUAAAUGUGAACUUGGCCUCUUGAUCAUAGGCAGCUCCGGACAUCUGAACUCUUUAGAGAUUUUCUGGAGGCUCCUUCUCUUGGCAGAAGGCCAAUAGCACAUGUAACUGUCAUUGAGCCUGGUCCCUUUAUCAGGACCAGACAUAGGAUUGGUUGAGGCUCAGUACCAGGUGCAGAAGCUGACUUUUUUCUUAGGUAACAAGAAAGGGCAAGUCUGACUUUUCUUUUCUGGUCUAUAAUCUAUAAACUAUAAUCUAUAAACUUUGACCCCAGUUUUACCAGGUCACUGGAUAAGAUAGGGGUUGUCUGCCAACAUGCCCCUUUGUCCUUCUAGAUUCCUAUUCAGUGGGCAAACCCAGGAAAUAUGGAGUUUAUGUGUGCAGGAGGAGCAUGUCUGAAUAGAUGGGGUGAUAAGGCCUCUUAGGGAGGGCAGGAAGGGAGUGCCAGGAGAGAGUACCACAUUGGAGAGACAGAAGCCAGGCUGAUCCCAAAUGUGCGCUAAUUACUAGCAGUGUGAGGAAGAGGAGUUGAUUGCCCUCUCUGGCACUGAGCAAACCUAAAUCUUGGUUUUCUUUUUUUUUUUUUCUAACUCUCAGGGACUGAAGAACAUCUCUGCCUACAUGAAGAGUCGCCG